GGAUUCUCGACAAUAGUAUCUAUCAGCUCUCGCUUCAGGUCAGGUCGCCGAAAGCAUGCAUAAGCGAUUUCCCGAAUUGCAGGUGUCAAAGUCAGACUACACGGCGAUGUAACAGCAGCAGCCUGAUCGGACAAUGGGGGUAAAAGGCGUGGCAGGCAAUAAAGGGAAAGGGAUAGCUCAGCUGCAAUGUUUUGAGAUGCCAAGACAAAUCCAAAUUGUGUCAAUGCAUCGGUGCCCUACCGAAUCAAGUGCGUAGAUCCAAUAUUGAAUAUUGUUCACGGCUGUACAUACCUUGCAACUCAGGUAGGCGCUUGACCUUGUUCGGUAGGACGCGCAUGCAUAAAGCUGCGUGUCUAAGAGGUUGAACAAUUCUGAUUUUGAGCCUCCAAAGUACUGUAACCUUCGUGACCUCGAGGGAUGGUACCUACCGUACCUGAGAAGCUAUGGUACUUCCAAGACCUCUCCUAUUACCAAAUUUAAAUAAAGAGCCCACGUUGACCCGCCAUAAUAACAGCCAACCCCUCCUUACUUGCCCCAACGCUCGCUUCUUGACUUAUUUCGUCUUUAGAACACAGAGAUCUUGAUUGUAGUACCGAAACUUCUGAUUUUCUAGAAUCAUAGAAACCGGGAAUCAGUUACAGGAUGUUGCCACAACCCCAGACCGCCGUGCUUCUCCUGCUGGGAAUCGCCGCUUCGGCAGCAGCCCAAUCUCUACCAACUCUUGUUGAGGCACUCGUUUCGUCUGGAGCUUCCAAGUUCGCGGAAUUCAUCCAGUCAGAUCCCGAAACUCUACAGUUAUACCUCUCGGGGCAAGUCGGAACGGUCUUUGCGCCUUCAGAUGUAGGAUAUGACCUCAUAUCGGUGCUAGGACGAGAUCUCUCGGUGACAGAUCGACGAGCGGCAGCAUUCCAGUCAUCUCGCGCGACAACGAGCUUAGAAACCUCUAGCCGGUCGAUUCCUGGUUCUAUCCUCGAGACGAACUACCAGAGUCCGCUGUUGGGCGGCCAGGGUCAACGAGUAGUAAUCGACACUCGACCAGCCAACCUCACAUCGCCCACCAAACGAUGGAUGCAGCCAUCAUUCCUCCGGCGCCAGUCUAAUGGAACAACCCCAUCGUUGCUUAAGAUAUCCUCUGGUCUGGGAAAGAUCACCAACGUCAUUAAAGGCGAUAUCCCGUACAAUGGCGGUUUACUCCACAUCACAGAUGGUUACUUCACUCAGCCCGAGUCUCUAUCGUCCACUGCCCAGUCAACGGGACAGACAGCCUUCGCUGGCCUGCUAUCCCGCAGUAACACGACGAGCACGGUAGAGAGCACCCAGUCCGUGACCGUAUUCCUUCCCUCCAACGAAGCUAUCUCUGCCUCCAACUCGAGCCUCCCCGCCUCGCAGCUUGUCUCGGACCACGUCAUCGCUGGUAACGUCGCUUACCUACCUGACCUUAAGGACGGUGACAUCCUAAAGACGCAGCGAGGCGAGUCCCUCGCCAUCAGCAUCCGUGCUGGACGAUACUAUGUCAACGGCGGGUUGAUCACACAGGCCAACCUCAUCCUUGAGAACGGCGUUGCGCACGUCGUCAAUAAGGUCCUUACACCUACACCCGCAGUGCCCGUCACGGGCGCCGCUUCGUUCAACUCGAUGAGCCUCGGCGGCUUGUUCGGAGUUGCAUGCUUCAUGGGAAUGAUGGUCCUGGCUUAAUCGACUAUUGAUGUUGGUGGAGCUGGAAGGGCGGCGCAAGGGGUGGCUCGUAAUAUUUAAUAAUGUUCCCUUCAUCAUAUUGGCUGGAUUUAUGAACGGGCUAAUGUUUUCUCAACGACGCGACGUAUCCUACCUGGGUGGGUAGAUAGGUACUCAAUGAAUAGGCGUAUGCAGCAUAUCGUGAAUAGUAGGUAUUCUGCGAAGGCCCUGCCUAGACACAUUGCAUUAGUUGUCCAUGGUGUCCGUGAUAGCCUACCUCUCUGUAGGUUAAGUUUUACGUAAAUCGGAAAAUAUGUGAAGUUGUUGGCGAUUUAAC